CACUGCCUCUUUAAGUGAAAGAAAAACUAGAAAAGGGGAAUUUCUAGGGGCGGAUGUAUGUGAGAUGCUUGUGCGUCAGGGAAGCACACUGCUGCCUGCCUGCUUCUCAAGGGUAAGGGCUCUCAGACUGUUGGUCGUUAGCAGCGUACAGAACCGGACAGUAUUAUGUGUUGACCUUGCUGCUUCCCUACAGAACCAUGUAGUUGCACAAGUUAAAGAACCCUUUGCACUCUGGAAUCCAUUCUUCCAUGCAGACACUACUGUAUAUGUCAAAAAUGUCAUUAUCUUCAAUCAGUCGGCGGGACCUACCCGCGACCUACCAGAUAGUGAAGACUAGCACAGAACCUGUCUACAAGUCUACCUACUUACCCACUGGCUCUCCUGUCUUCAUAAAACUUUUGCCUUUGGCCGAACAAAAUAAAAGGGACCGUCAAACAAUUCUCCGUGCUGUGGAAUAUGCAAGCAGAAGGAGAUCUGAACGACUUUCAGAAAUUGUUGGGCUAUUUUGUACUCCAAAUGCGAUUGGAAUUGUGACAGUAUGGAUGUCGAAUGAGUCACUACACUCUCUUCUUUACCAGCGGGAUCUGUACCCUACUCUUCCACUGAGUAUUAGAAUCAGAAUCCUUGCAGAUGUUGCUGCAGGGUUGUCCUUUUUGCACAACCAGCAAGAUCCCAUAAUGUUCCAGAGGCUAAAACCCUGCAACAUAUUAUUGGAUGCUCAAUACCGGGUAAAGCUCUCAGAUUUCUGGCUAUCGAACUUCCAGAAAGUCCGUUUUUCCAAGGAACAGGAGGAAAAUACUUCUGUGAUAUAUCUUUCACCUCAAAGACUGAAAAACAAUGUUCUAAGCACAGCAGAUGACAUGUACAGUUUUGGAAUUACUGUGCAUGAAACUCUUAGCCGGAAACAGCCAUUUCAGGAAAAUAACCCUUUGAAGCUGGAGACUGAAAUCACUAGAGGCAUCAGACCACAACCAAACAUUGAGGUUAUCCUAGAAGAGACAAGUCUCCAACAAAGUCAACGUGCAAACCUGAGUCAACUCACAAACUUGUGCUGGCAUCAGAACCCUUUUAUGAGACCAACCGCAGAUGAGUGUUUGACUCGCCUAAAUGAAGUCCUGCAAAAAUUUUCAAAAGAAGAGAUUCAACGUGACAUUGACACCUUGAAUAUAGGAAAGGAGAGGGCAGUGCAGCAGCCCCAGGAACACAUCAUGGAAUGUGACAUCGAGUAUUUAAAUGAGGUUUGGUUGAGUAGGAGCCAUAUGAGUAGAGCACAGAGCAUGCCUGAAGAGAGCACCGAAGAGGAUUUGUCAUGUCCCGAGACAAGGAAACAGAAGAGAAGUGCUAGCCUGCCAGUUUCAGGUUCCAAGAUCAAUAUUCACGUGCCUACCACAUGUCCUGAACAAAUGAGGAGGGCAGCCAGGAAUUGUGGGGUUAGCCACCUGCACAGAAAUGGAGCAGAUUGUCAUUCCUCUCCACAUCUGGUCUGGGCUCAAAAUUAUUCUGAAACCCUGAAAAAGAACAGGGAAACUAUUCUGAAAAGAGUGACAGAAGGACAUCUCAACCACCUCAUCGAUAUCAUGAGAUCCAAAUUUGUGCUGUCUCGAGAUGAUUCUGAGAAUAUCAAUGCAGAGAGAACAUUAAAGGAGAGAACACGGAAAUGCUUGGACACCUGCUCUGAAAAGGGUGAAGAAGCAUCCAGAAUGUUUUUGGAUGGUUUGCGCUCGCGAAAUGCUGUUUAUAUGCACCCAUGAAAUCCAACAUGAAUAUGACAACCCAAAAAACUGACAAGACACUAUGGGAUCGACAAGUUUCUGCUUUCGGUGACCAUACUGUAAAUUCUACGUAACAUUGGGUAGUUUUGAUCUCUCUAAUUUAUGAAAGGCCUCAUGCACAAGACCAUAUGUACAUCUUGGGAGUCGUAGGUUUACCACAGCUAGAGUGCUGGAGGCUCGCCAUCACAGUUCUAGGUGAAUGAAAAUCUAAACGGGUUAUCUGGCAGGUAAAAAAAAUUUUAAUGCUCAGAUUGGCUUAAAAAAAUCAUACUGAUCUCGCCAAUCUUCCACUGGCCCGUUCUUAAGCUUCUCGAAUCCCCUGCUUGUGGUCCCUCUCGACACAGGAAAUGUGACCACUCAGCCGAUCAUCAGUUGCAGAGUUUGGCUGAGUGGUCCAGAAGACAGAUAUGGUCUUGUCUUGUAUCUACUGAUUUCCUAUACAGUAUUCCCUUUACAUUGGUCUAGAAAAAGUGCCAAUCAACAAUAUCAUAGUUCGAUAAGUGUUUCUUUAAAGAGGUUCUCUCACUUCAGCAAAUGGCAUUUAUCAUGUAGAGAAAGUUAAUACAAGGCACUUACUAAUGUAUUGUGAUUGUCCAUAAUGCUUCCUUUGCUGGCUUGAUUCAAUUUUCCAUCACAUUAUACACUGCUUGUUUCGACCACCACUGUAGCGCAAGUGUAAAUUCAUUGGAUGUAAUGUUCAAGUAGAGAAUGGUCCUCAGCUACGACCCCCCCUUCCCCCAUGACAUAUAAAAUAUGGAUCAUUCAUUAUAGCUUUUGUCUCUUGCAAUCUUUCACCCUUCUCUUGUUACAGAGGCAUUAUUCAUAUUAAGAAGGGAAAGGUAAUGUUGUGAGAUUUAAAUGUUUCUUACUUGUGUAGUGCCUUCAACGCCGUUCAACUGAGAAAAGUUUUCUGGUGAUACUGUAGUUGUUGGUUGUAUCAAAAGAAUGUGAAGAAAGGGAAUAUAGGCCGUUUGUGGAACAGUGUGGGAUAAAUGGACUAUUGUAAGAGGUUUUAAAUAUUAUAUGUUUAUAUUAUUUAAUGUAUUUUAAUUUUUUAUUACUGCAAAAGUUUAUAAGUUGUGUUGUAUGAUACUGUUGUGAUGCUGUUGCUAUGGUAACAUUGCAAUUCCCAUUUUUCAGGAUUAAUAAAGUUUAUCUUACUUUAAUGUCUCA